AUGGUUCUUGCCAGCUCUACCACCAGCGUCUUCUCCACGCUGCUCCUGCUCCUGAUGCUGCUCCACCAAGGACUCCAAGCUUCAGUCAGGAGCUCAGCUACCUACCACUCACCCUCAGGCACAACCAGCACAUUGAAUUGCAAAUUUAUUGCCAAGGAGAUCCAAGGAAGGCUUCCAGUAUCCACAGUCACUCAUGGUGAUUACAGUCAAAUACUGAAGGAUAAGACCUUGCGGAGAGCAAACCUGCAUGAAUUCCUGAAAAAGCAACAGGAGCUGGAUCCUGAGGACAACAUUGGUAUCAAAAGCAAUCUUCAGAAGCUUGAGUGCUGCCUGCCAGCAGCUAUGGGUACUUCUGAGAAGUCAGGCAUCUUCAUUGGCAAUUUGACUGACUUUCAGCAGAAACUGAGGUUCUUUGUGAGCAAUCUGGAGCCACUAUCAAACCCUAGACCAUGUCAUCCAACAUCUUCACCCACCACGGAGUGUGAAAACAGCUGA